CUUGGUUGUCGUACGAGAUUAAAAUUGUUCUCGAGUCCUAUGAUGAUAGGUAGGACGAGACUAAAUUACUACUAGUUUGUAGUAUAAAUAUCUGCUUCUCAAUCAUCUAUCUUCAUUCACAUCAUAGCUACUCCAAAGAUUGAAACAAACAGAGUUAUAGUCCUUGUACCAAAGAUCUACUAGCUAUGGCUCGUGAACAACUAGGAGUUCUAAGUGCUCUUGAUUCAGCAAAAACUCAAUGGUACCAUUUCACAGCCAUCAUAAUUGCUGGUAUGGGAUUUUUCACUGAUGCAUAUGAUCUUUUCUGCAUACCAAAUGUUACAAAAUUACUCGGAAGAAUAUACUACACACACCCAAAUUCACUAAAACCAGGAACUUUGCCUCCAAACGUAUCAGCAGCUGUUAAUGGUGUUGCACUUUGUGGCACUUUAGCAGGCCAACUUUUCUUCGGUUGGCUUGGAGACAAAAUGGGAAGAAAAAAAGUUUAUGGUCUAACUCUUGCUCUUAUGGUGUUCUCUUCUCUUGCUUCUGGUCUUUCUUUUGGACAUUCGGCGAAGGGUACUAUUGCGACUCUUUGUUUCUUUAGAUUCUGGCUUGGUUUUGGUAUUGGUGGUGAUUACCCUCUUUCUGCUACAAUCAUGUCUGAGUAUGCUAACAAAAAGACGCGUGGCGCGUUUAUUGCUUCGGUUUUCGCUAUGCAAGGGUUCGGAAUUUUGGCGGGUGGAAUUGUUUCUCUUGUGGUUUCAACUGCUUUUGAUCAUGCUUAUAAGGCUCCGGCUUAUAAGGUGAAUGCUGCACUAUCACUUGUGCCAGAAGCUGAUUAUGUUUGGAGAAUUAUUCUCAUGUUUGGUGCUGUUCCUGCUGGUUUAACUUAUUAUUGGCGUAUGAAAAUGCCCGAGACAGCAAGGUACACUGCACUUGUAGCUAAGAAUGCUAAACAGGCGGCGCAAGACAUGUCAACGGUGUUACAAGUUGAACUUGAAGCCGAGCAAGAGAAAGUAGAGAAGAUCGGUGUGAAAGACCACAACAAUUUUGGUUUGUUUAGUAAAGAAUUUCUUAGAAGACACGGUCUUCAUUUACUCGGAACGACUUCGACCUGGUUUCUUCUUGACAUUGCUUAUUACAGUUCAAAUCUUUUUCAAAAAGAUAUUUAUAGUAAUAUUGGCUGGCUUCCACCGGCCGAAGAUAUGAACGCGAUUCACGAAGUUUUCAAGGUUGCUAGAGCGACAACGCUUAUAGCACUGUGUGGAACGGUUCCGGGCUACUGGUUUACAGUGGCUUUUAUCGACAUAAUUGGUCGUUUCGCAAUUCAAAUAAUGGGAUUCUUCUUUAUGACAGUGUUCAUGUUUGCGCUCGCGCUUCCGUAUAAUCAUUGGACUAAGAAAGAAAACAGGGUUGGGUUUCUUGUUAUGUACGCAAUGACCUUUUUCUUUGCGAAUUUCGGUCCAAACUCAACAACUUUUGUGGUGCCGGCCGAGAUUUUUCCGGCUAGGUUGAGAUCUACAUGUCAUGGAAUAUCUUCUGCAGCAGGGAAAGCGGGAGCAAUUAUAGGUGCGUUUGGAUUCUUGUAUGCUUCGCAAAGUAAGGAUCCAAAAAAGAGAGACGCAGGGUACCCUGCUGGGAUUGGAAUGAAGAACACUCUUAUUGUGCUUGCUGUGAUUAAUUGUCUUGGCAUAUUUUUCACAUUCCUUGUGCCGGAAGCUAACGGAAAAUCUUUGGAAGAGAUGAGUGGGGAGAAUGAAGAAGAUGAAGGUGAUGAUGCUGUUAGCGUUGAACCACAAGCAUCUUCUACUAGGACUGUUCCUGUGUGAUCUAUUAUUAGUAUGACCAAUGUUUUUUUAAUCUAGAAUCUCACCUUGUUAAGUAUGUUUAAUGUGAAAUUAAUCAUCAUAAAGUAUGGAUUAUUUAUAAUGUGUGCAAAUGUGUGUAGCAUAAGAUAUAGUUUGGUAUGGUGUAUCAUAUCAGAGAUAGCCUCUAGUAAGAUUUUAGUUUGCUAUUCCACUACUGUUCUGUUCAAUCUAAAAAGAGUACUUACCAUUCUA